AUGUUUGCUCUUCUGCAGCCCCUGAAGCUGAACUGUGAGCUCUGCAGCAUCGUGUCCAGCUCCGGUCAGAUGUUGGGACAGGCUGCCGGCCCACAGAUCGACCGCUCCUCCUGCAUCUGGCGGAUGAACAACGCGCCCACACGCGGCUUCGAACAGGACGUGGGCCGGCGAACCACCCUGAGGGUCGUCUCCCACACCAGCGUUCCCCUGCUGCUGCAGAAGCCCCAGUACUUCUUCGGCCAGGGCAAUGACACCGUCUACGUGGUGUGGGGACCUCUAAGGAACAUGAGGAAGGAUGGAAAGGGCAUCGUGUACAACAUGCUGCGGCAGGCGUCGGAGAACUACCCCCACGCACGCAUCUACGUCACCACCGAGGACCGGAUGAACUACUGUGACAUGGUCUUCAAGAAGGAGACGGGGAAAGACAGGAUCCAGUCGGGCUCCUACCUCAGCACGGGCUGGUUCACGCUCAUCCUCGCCAUGGACAUGUGCAAGGAGAUCCAUAUCUACGGCAUGAUAAAUGACACCUACUGCAAGACGGAGGGCUACAGAAAGGUGCCCUACCACUACUACGAGGCGGGCAGCCGGGAUGAGUGCGCCGAGUACCUCCUGCAUGAGAGCGCCCCCUACGGCGGGCAUCGCUUCAUCACAGAGAAGGCCGUGUUCGCCAAGUGGGCCAAGACUCACGCCAUCAAGUUCUUCAACCCGUCCUGGCAGCUGUCGUGA